UAAAUUGGAUGUUCGGCGAAGAUUUAAAAUAAAAAGGUGUGUAUGACGAGAACUCGUAUUGACUGUGCAAAUAUUUGUGAUUAAUUGAAAAUACGAUACGAAAACAAAUAAACAUAAGGCACAAACAGUUUUGCAUAAUAAAAGAUUUCUACUUGAAAUUUUACGCAACAAUUUGAACUUUACACAAUUACACCAAAUGCUUGGUACACCUUUCAAAGUGUAAGUAAUAAAAAGCGACACUUUUAUUUCCGCCCAAAAACACACUGCAAAAGAAAAUCCUUCACCUUUUCCCAUAAAACGCACAAUGAAAGACGGCGUUGUACGAUGGAACGCCGUGCAAAAUUUAAACGAAAAUAAAAAUAAAAAUAAAAAUCAAAAUCAAAAUAUUAGCAUAAAAAAUAGAAGCGGUAAGAACAACGUAACAACCAACAGCGACUAUAAUAUUGUAUAUACACAUGUUGCUGACAAUGCUGUACCGCAACAUGUUGCACACGACAAACAGAGAACUUUGUUGAUAAAUGCGUGUCAUAGCGCCAAAACCGACACGUUAGAAAAAGCAAAUGAUUGUGAUAAAAAUGAAAAUAUACAUAAAAACUCGUCUAGUUUUUUAGUGCACAAACGUAAUAGACCUAAACUUUAUGAAAUUUUAGAUAAUAUUUCGUUUAGUAGACGUUUUUUAAUUAAUUCAAAACGACAUAAUCAAGAGCAACAUUCAACACGGACACUUUUCGGCAUUAAUAAUUUAUACAAAAUUUUAUUAAUUUGUUUACAAUUUAGUGCGGUAGUAUUUUUGUGCAAUUUAAAUGUCGGUUUCGCAUUAGCAGCUAAACUUGAUGAGUCCAGUGUCGAACUAGGUUUUGAUGAGGUCUUCGACGGCAACAGUAACAGUCUCAGCAACAGUGGGAGUGCUAAACACUUUACGCACACGUGGGCUGUUCACAUACCAAAUGCUGAUGAUGAGACAGCGCAUCAAGUUGCUAGAGAUCAUGGUUUCGUGAAUAUGGGCAAGAGCAUUUAUGCCUUAAAUGGAGAGAAUCCUAAUUAUAAAGAAAAAUUACCAUUUCAUCAAGCCGUUGCACCUUGUCGCAUUGAUAAUAUUACACUAUAUUCUCAUUUAAUUGUAUUUCCAUAUACUGGAACUCAAGAACUGGCUUCACAGACUGGUAUCAAUUUGCAGACCUUUUCUUUGCUUUAA